UCACACAUACUCUUUCUUGACACUGAAAUCUUUUGUGAUCAUUUCUCAUAUUGGGCAGAAAGCGGCUGUAGAAAACAAAAACAUGCUUACUUUUCGCAUUUCCAGUGAAAGCGAGGAUUUUAUCUAUGCCGGUAAAACCUCGACCCCUCUGCUUAUCUGGUUUAAACGCCUGUCCAGCGUUCUUACAGUCCCAUUGCCUGCCUUCCGUGGGCCACGCCUCUAUUUAGGUACCGUGCAUGUUGCUGCUCCUGCCCUCUGCCACCCUUAUCCCUUCACACGUGACGGAGGCGAUGCGCACGCGCAGUUUUCGCUCCCCCGUGCCGUUUCCAGAUUAUGAUGGCGGCUGGAGGGGCUGAUGUUGAUGCGGGCGCGCCUGGGUCUCGGCUACAGCCUUGGGAGCGGGAAAGCGCGGCGCAGGAAGCAGCGGAAGGAGUAAAAGCUGGGACCUGCACCAUCUUGGAUGUUGUGGAAACCUUGGGAUCCUCACUUGAGAAUGGAGACUCUCGAAUACGUGCACGGGGCCUUCAGAUGCUCUCUGAAGUCCUGCUACAAUGCUACUCCGUACUUCAAGAAAAAGAAGUGACCCACCUGGUCUUGUUCUCGGAGAAUCGACUGAAAGAUCAUCAUACUGUCAUUCCCUUUGUGCUGCAGGGACUCAAAGCUCUGAGUAUGUGUGCAGCACUGGCUCCAGGCCUGGCAGUGUCUGUUCUGAAAGCCAUCUUCCAGGAGGUUCAUGUCCAGUCUCUGCUGCAGUUGGAUCGCCAUACAGUCUACAGCAUCAUUACUAACUUCAUGAGCAGCCGAGAGACAGAGCUGAAGAGUCUGGGUGCUGAUUUCACCUUUGGGUUCAUUCAGGUGAUGGAUGGGGAGAAGGACCCUCGCAACCUGUUAGUUGCCUUUCAGAUUGUGCGAGACAUCAUUGUAAAGGGCUAUGCGCUUGGGCCCUUUGCAGAGGAGCUGUUUGAGGUGACAUCCUGCUACUUCCCUAUUGACUUUACCCCUCCUCCAAAUGAUCCUCAUGGGAUCCAGAGAGAAGACUUGAUCACCAGCCUGCGGGCAGUGCUAACCUCCACUCCUGCUUUUGCUGAGUUCCUGCUUCCACUUCUUAUUGAGAAAAUGGAUUCUGAUAUACAAAGUGCCAAGCUGGAUUCCCUACAGACACUGAAUGCUUGCUGCAUGAUCUAUGGGCAGAAAGAGCUGAAGGAUUUUCUACCUAGCCUCUGGUCAUCCUUGCGCAGAGAGGUGUUCCAGACAGCAAGCGAGAGGGUUGAAACAGAGGGUCUGUCUGCUUUGCGUGCUCUGUCAACAUGUCUGUCCCGCUCAGUGCUCAGCUCAGAUGAUGAGGACAUACUGGAGUCCUUCCUUAGAGGCAUUCUGCAGGAUUGCAGGCACCACCUAUGCGAGCCUGAUAUGAAGCUGGUUUGGCCAAGUGCAAAGCUGUUGCAGGCGGCUGCAGGGGCUUCCUUGCGGGCUUAUUACCGGAUCACGAGCAGCGUAUUCCCCUUACUGGUGGAGCAGUAUAAUAAGCAUUUGCAGAGUAGCCAGCGUAGGACAAUCUUGGAGGUGCUGCUUGGUUUUUUGGAGCUGCGACAAAAGUGGGACCCUGAGGAGGAAGACAAGAGUCCUCUGCUUUGUUCCAAAGGUGCUCUGUGCUCCAUGGUGUUUUCGGCACUUGUUGAGCCCAAUGUGCAGCUGCAGUUGGUUGGGAUCCGAGUUUUGACCUUUUUAGGAUUAUUACAAGGGCUACUGGAUCACCUAGAUGUGGCUAGACUUGUGGAUAGCCUUGCACAGUUCAUUCUUCAUGAGGAAGAUUCCCAGACCAGCUUGGCUGCCAUGGAGGCUGCAGGCACCCUGACUCCCUUCUAUCCAGAGAUCUUCAGCAGGUGCUUGGUUCGGAAGCUCUCAGAGGGUCUACACUCAGAAUUGCAGGAGGAAAGCUCUCAGUUCCAGCACGACCGUUGCCUGCAGGCCUUAGCAGCAGUGUCCACCCAUCCAAGUAUAAUGAAGGAAACGGUUCCAAUCCUUCUCCAGCAUCUCCAGAAGGUACCGAAAGGCAGCAUGCAAGCAGGUAUCCACUCCGUGGUGUCCGUGUGUCAGAGCUUGCAGCAGGUGGCAUUGCAGUGCAAGAAAAAUGCUCAGAAUUACUGGUACUUUCAUCAGGCUGUGGUGCCCUGCUUGAUGGGUUUAGCUGUGCAGGCUGCUAUGCAAGAAAACACCCACACAGUGCUAAGCCAAGUGCUGCUGAAAGAGGACUCCUUAUCUGCCAUGGUGCUGGUCAUCAGUGCUGCUUGUAUGUACUUAAGUCCAGAACUGGCUGCCCAGAGUGUCUCCAAAGUGGUGCCCCUCUUCCUAGAUGGAGAACUCUCUUUCCUGCCUGGAAACAGCUUUCCCAGCACUUUCCAGCCCUUCCAGGUGGGUUGGGAUGGGCAGCACCCAGUGGCAACCCAGAAAAAGCUUGUUGCUCUGCUCACGGCUUUCGUGUGCGCCUUACCAAGGAAUGUGCCAAUUCCCCAGCAGGACCGGUUACUACGAGAACUGCUAGCCCUGAGCUGCUCCUGUGAUUGUCCCUUCACUGCCACAGCUGCUGCCAAAUGCUUUGCAGGCUUGGUUAACAAGCACCCAGCAGGGCCUCAGUUAGAUGAGCUCUUGGGAGCAGCCAUGAACAAGUUGGAGGAAGGACUGAACGAGGGACCCCGUAGAAGCCAGGCUCUCACUCUGCUUCUGUGGGUGAGCAAGGCUCUGCUGUUGCGCUAUCACCCACUGGCCUCACGCCUGACGGACAAGUUGCUCGUGCUCUUGGGGGACACAGUCCUCGGUCCAGCAGCGGGCGACGGAUUUGCCUUGCUCAUGGCUGACUCCCCGGAUGUGCUAGGCAAGAGUUGCCAUGCUGAUGUGCGCCUCAUGUUCCGCCAGCGGUUCUUCACUGAGUGUGUGCCACAGCUGGUGCAAGGCUUCCACACAGCCUCCCCUGGUGUGAAAGCAAAUUACUUGAAAGGCCUCUCUCAUAUACUCAACCACCUUCCCAAGCCAGUGCUGGUGACAGAGCUGCCUACGCUGCUCCCCCUAUUGCUGGAAGCCCUGUCAUGUCUUGACCGUGUGGUCCAGCUCUCAACUUUGCACUGUCUACAGCCAUUGUUGCUUGAUGCACCCCUGGUGGUGAGUCUGCAUGUUGACACCCUUGUGGGCAAAUUCCUUGGCCUGACGGAGAGCCCAGCCAUGGCAAUUCGUAUUGCUGCCCUUCAGUGCCUCCAUGCACUUGCUUCCCUACCCACUCCAGUGGUGAUCCCCUACAAGCCACGGGUGAUCCGGGCACUGGCUAAACCUUUGGAUGACAAAAAGCGGCUGGUUCGGAAAGAAGCUGUGACAGCACGAGGAGAAUGGUUUCUACUCGGGACCCCUGGCAGGUGAAGGCUGGCUUUGCCAAUCCUGACUGGCAAUCUUGCCUGCCCCCUACUCCCCAUUAAGUCAUCUGCCCUGAUGUCCUGGGGCAGGGGCUAGCUUUCCCUGCAAAGCAGAGAGACCUGUGAGGAGGACUGUCCUUUUUUUGGCCUGACGGAGUCUGAGUCGCAACAUCUGCAACCAGCAGGAUGGAGCAGCUACCCACAGUUUCUGCUGCAGAGCAGUAGUGUGUGGCGGUGGCAAGACCAACAAAGCGCACUGUGUGGGGGGCCAGAAGAAUAAAUACACUUGUUUGCUAACAACCUUGGUGAAGAAGGUGCCUCUUAUAGGGGAAGGAAGAUGGAAGAGAAUGGCCUUCCUCUUGGUUACACUGCCUUCUUAAUGUAACCUCACAGGCAUAGUAGCAAAAGAGAAUUGUUUCUUCCCUUUCAUGUGAUGCUAGAACACAAAUGAACCCAUCCCUCUUCAGCUUUCAGGCCAAAUCUUACUUACAUAUGUAAGCCAGUGUCUUUUUUAAAAAAUCCAAUUAGGUUAUCCUAACAACACUAUUUUUUCUUUCCUUUGAAUUACUGGCUGGUAGUUGUUUUAAAUGGCUUCACAGGUGAAUGGUUUUAUGUGAUGAGUGGCAAGAGUUGGGCUUGGAGAUGUCCCAAGCUUACAGUUUGUUUGGCCAUCUUCUGUUAGACAAGUGGCAGAAUGUGUAAGCUGGCUAAAGAGACUUGGAGCCAGUGAGUCCUUCCAUCUGCAGACUCAGUUAACAAGAGCAAGACAAUACUGUAUAAAUGGUAAAAUCAGCAAUGGAUACUGAUAUUCUCUGCCACUGUCCUGGAUCCUGGUCUUUCUGGAUAAGUCUGUCAAAUCAGAAAGUAUUCUUUUGAGAAGCAUUGCAAGUGAAGACUUGCUUAAAAGAGGGAUGGGAUGUGGGAGGAUUAUUUUUCAAAAAAUGUUACUAGUGCUAGUCUGGAUUUUAUAUAUUACACAACAGACUUGAUAGGUACACAGGAAUACAUUUCUUCUUCCUUGAAAAAUAAAUUUAAGAAUACAGUAGAACUGCCUAAGUUGACUAUAACUGCAGCCUUGCCUGCUAGCUAGGUACAGGAGUGGUGUGGUGCUGACAGCUGUUAGCUGUUCCACCUCAGUAACGCAGUUCAUUCUUUUCAUAGUGAAGGUUCUGUGUUGAAUUCUGUCAUUUCCCAUUAAAGAUCCAGGGAAGUGGGGUUGGAAAAGAGCCCUCUGUCUGAGGAAUUAAAGAACUGCUGGUGGAGUAAAUAAUACUGACCUUGAUGAUUCCUUCAGUCUGUUUUAUAUACGAUCAAUAGCUUCCCCAAUCAAAAGCAGGUAAGAGAAUGACCUCUGAGCCAAAUAGAAUGGCAGAAGGGUGUCUCUGUUGAACUACACAAAUUCUGUGCUUGGAAUAAGGUAUGAAAGUUUUCAUUUGAAAGUAUUUGGACUAUUGUCAGAAUAUUCAAUAUUUAGAAUGUUUGUGAAGGAGAAGAGAGUGCAGUAGGAAGUCGCCCUGUAUGAGUCUUUCGCUUCAGUCACAGUAGCCAUAGUGAUUGCCUGUGUUUCAUAGCCCUUUAUUAGAUUGCUCUCCCUGUCUUGUUAAAUUAACGGGAAGGUGAUGAGUCUCAGAACUACUUAAUAUUUCUACAGUCAUAGAUGUGGGGUUACUAUGUAGGGGAGUUG